CAAGAAUUCCAACACGGAUGAUGGCAGGAACACGCAGACGAGCCGCCACGCGCAGACAGCGGAAGCAGCAGCAGGACGAGGAUGGGGAGCACCAGCAGGUGGACGCUGUCGUUGAGCAAGAAGAGCCCGUGGAGGACAUGGUGCUGAACACACAGAACCGUGCUGAGGACGGCAGCGAGGGCGAAAGCGGAGAAGACGGCGUGGUGGAAGAAGAAGACACGAACAUGCCAGGCGCACAGGAUGUUGCCGAUGAUGAGGACGAUGAGGACGAUGAAGCCGAAGCAGACGACUUCGACUCGGGCGAGGAUGCCGCAGAUGACGAGGGUGACAGCGAUGCUGACGACGAGGGUGCCUCAGACGAGGAAGACGACGAAGCUGGCUAUCUUGGCGAAGACUCUGACGACGUUGACGGCGAGGACGAUGAGGAGUAUGAUGACGAUGACGAAGCCAUGGAGGAAGAAGGUGGGGUGCUGAGCUCACAAUCGGCCAAGGGCAUGGCAGAUGUCAUGCAGAGCAUCCUGUCUGGAGGACCUACGACCGAGGUUGAUGUUCCCAUCUUGGCCAAGGACAAGUCCACCCUGCGGCGAAUUGUUGAGCAGCAAGAAGAGGAGCGCCUCACCCUGCAACAAAUCAAGGCCAAGCGUGCCAAGAUCGAUGUCACGCGUGUGAAGCCCGCGGAGUACAGCCUCAACCACGAAAAGUUGCUCGUCAAAAUGGCAACAAAAGGAGGGGGUUCAGUGGGCGCAAUGCGGUACAGUGACAACAUGAGCAACGGGUGA